AACAGGAAAAAAAUUCAACAUUUUGGAAAGUCUACUCAGCUUUUGCUUUUCCCCCAAGGGAAUCAGCCAACAAAUCUAGACGAUAUGGGAUAUAUCGUUGUUCUGUAAUGUUUUACCACACUGCUUUUUGUUGCAAACAACACAGGAAAACGAUGUUAAUGAUGUGCGUACUACGCGAAAUGUCAUUCAACAUUCACCAAAGCCUUGUACAAGCAAUGCCGAGUAUGCAAAGCAUGCACAUGUUUUCAAGAUCUUCAUUACAAAUACGUUGAAUUAUAUAAAUGAUGAAGGUUUAAAGGCAGUCAUAAACGAGCAAGUACAAGAAGCAGAACGACCCGUAUCAAAACAAACAAUUGAAUUGUGUAAAUAUUUUCACAACAGUUAUAUCUCCAAAGCUGACGACGUGAAGGAGCAAAUAGAUAAAAAGCAUGAUAUUAUUGUGGAGCAAUUUCAAGAUUUGAAGACACUUAUUGCCACAUUCUCAAAAGAUUCGCAGUCGAAACUUAAACCACCAGAUCUAGCCAGUUUUAAACUACUACUGAAAGGAUGUAGUCAAGAUGAAGAAAAAAAAUAUAUCCCAAAUCUUAGUUCGAAUUUUUGGAGAAGAGUUAAAAAAGAAAAUCAGCACCUUGCCAGAUGAUACAUGUGAAGCGCUUAAAGAUGUUGUUGAGAAACUUGUCAAGCGUUUUCAAGAGAAAGUUGACCCGAUAGAAGCCAAGUAUGGGUGUGUGUGUAUCUUCACCCGGUUUUACGACUUUGUAUCUUACAUGAGCUUUUUAGACGAUUUGUUAAAUGGAAAACUAACAGAAAUGUUACAUCCGCUUCAAGAUACUUUAAGAAGCUGCUUUGGAGUUGAAGACUUACUAAUAGAGUUUGUCAUACACGAAGAUGAGUUCUUGGAUUGCAUCGAAAACACAGUAAACUGCUUGAAGAAUGUGAUGAAAACGACACACGUGAACGACCAUUAUGGCAAUACGUUUCCUGACAUUGCUGAACAGAGCAUAGUACAACUAGACGAACCAGCUACAGAAGGGCCAGACAUUUUAAUGACGACUUUUUACACUGAGCUUGACAAGAACAGCAAUUUAACUCUAUCCAAAAAUGAUGCAUACAAAUGUGGACAUAUUCUACAAUAUGCUAUAGAAACAUUUUUAUUUGAUAGGUAUCGGUCGCUCCCGAUGGAGGCAGAGAAAGGCAACAUUCAGACAAGAAAACAAUCAUCCGAAAACUUAGAUCAGGAGCAAUUUCCUCCAGGAAAGGCAGAAGUGGACAAUCUUUCAAAAAAUCAAAGUUUAGAUGAAGCCCUAAUGCCGAAAGUGACAAUUACAUGGAGAGACUGUUUACAAAGAAGGGAUGUAUCAGCAGCAAUUACGUUAAUCCAUCAAGGCGUUACGCCUGAUUCGUAUUCUACAUUUGAGCAAGCAAUUCAGUUGCUUUCGUCGGCGAAAGAAGCUCAGAGAGAGUUGUGUAAAGUGGUAUGUGACAACAUACAGCAAUUCCGAAAAGCUGAAAACAUGUAUGUCGUUUUUGACUAUACGUCUCAAAAACCUUUGAUUGUAGCUAUACCACUAUCCGACAAUAAGGACAUAUUGGGGUACCCCUUGCUUUCAAAAGAUAAGUAUGCCAUUGGUGACGAAGAUCGAAGUGUGAGAGAAAAAGAAAUAAAAAACAAAAAACGUAUUCUUACCAGAGAGUCUGAAAAAAAAAUGAACGCGGCGGUGCGAAGUGCUCAAAGACGUUUUCACGAGUGGCCAAACUUUUCAAGAAUAUCGCACAGUUUUUACAGAUCUAAAGGAUAUAAAACCGAUGAAAGUUUACUGGAAGAAAAGGAAUGCAUCGUAUUGUAUGUUUUUGUCAAGGGAUUGAUUCCAAUCGGUUGGGAUCCCUUUCCGAAAGAAUUUGAAGGAUACGAAGUUGAUGUCAGAGAAUCAAUGCCCAUAAUACUGUUCCUCAAGCCAAUCAGUUCUGAGAUGUUAUGCAGCCAUUGUGGAACGCUUCAAAGUCCAGUUCCUGGGCGUACUGAUGAGCUUCUUGCGUUGACUGCAGGGCACGUCAUACUUUCUACAGAUGAAAGAGAUGACAAGACAAGACCGGUUUAUACCAGGAAAAAGAGUAAAGGGUACCGACAAUUACAGGAGGAUUCAGAUAUUGAAAUAGUUUUUGGAAAUGUUAAGAUAAAUGAGGAAGGUGACGAAGCAUUUGCUGAUGUAGCAGUCGUUCAACUGAAAACUUCUUUAGCACUAAAACUCACGGAAACACGUUGGGAUGAGCUAGGUUUUAUAAGAAACCCUACAUUCGACAGUCAUGUAGAUAAAUGUUUCGAUGUAUAUAACGGUGACAUCGUCAUGAAAUAUGGAGAAAGCACACAACUAACUCUAGGCCGAGUAAGAUACACUUGCAAUGGGUAUAAAGGAAGACUCAGUAUGAUCGAGAUAGAACCAUAUGGAACGAAUAGGAAGUUUUCUGAGCCAGGAGAUUCGGGUGCGUAUGUGUUUGCUUUAAAUAGAGACAUAUUUGGAAAACAAACCCAGAAAGAUGAACGUUUUGCUGGGGGACAAGAUGCUUUUCUCAUAGGAAUUGUCCACGGUGGAAAUGAAGAUAUCUUUUAUUGCACAAAUAUGAUUGCAAAUAUUGCGGGAUUGCGACUAUAUACAAACUUAAUACAAUAAUGAUGCCCAAGUUUAUUUUGGAUAUACUAAUUCUAACUAGGAUGGAAACCAUUAUUGACUAUGACGAGGCGGAGCUGUUGUAUGGUGGAUAUUACAUAUACCCUCAUAGUAUAUACCGAUAAAGCUACAGUUUAGUGAUUAAUAAUAACGUUAAUGAUUUACAUAUUUUCCAUUAUUUCCGUCCAAGUCAUUUAUAAAUUCAGGAAUAUCUUCUUCAGAUAGUUGUGCAUAGAUGAUAUGAAUUUUAGGUCUGUAUAUAUUUAAUGCGUAUGGCAAAAUUGAAGAUUUAAAAGAACAGGAACGCACGGUCGGCUCAUCAUCUUAAAUUUUCUUUAACAAAAACGUUAAACGCUCUUCUUCCACGUUUAUCUAUCAAAUGCCCCGGUACGUCACAUAUUGCGUUGACGUUGAUACAACAUGGCGUAAUUGGACUUAAAAGCGAAGGCGGUCAAAACAAUUUGCGCUGGAUUCGGGAAACACCGACACACACAAUGAAAAUGAUGACAGAGGCGAAGAUGAAGCAGCUUUUUUGCCGUGCAUUAGAAUUAAAGUGGCAACAACGUUUUAAAGAAGGGUCAUAUUCCAUAGAAGACCAUAAGGUGUAGUGCUGAUGGGUAUGAACCAGCCGCCUGAUUAGCUAAGUUGAACAGAACGCUGUGCUAGUGUUUCGGCGGUCGUGGGUUCGAGCACCGCACCGAGCCAACUUUCUCCUCCAAGGCUUACUUUACUGGGAAGAAAAUGGGAGAAGACGGAGGUAACGAUGUUGAUGACGUCGAUGAAGAACGUAAUCGGUGGGGAUCUCAGGAUGAAGUGUUCUUCGCAAAGGUUAUUCGAAGAGAACUGGGGCAUGCGAUCGCUAAUUAGACCCAGUUUAAGAUGAGCCUGUAAGACUUGGAACCCAAUACUCGCAAGAUCUCCCGCCAAUUUUGCCGUACAUUAUUCCUAGAAAUCAAGAGGCAGCUUAAAGGACGUCGUUUCAUUCCCUCCAUUAACUGCAAGUAAAUGUGCACAAUUCGAUAUCCACGUUCUGAAGGGAUUGGAAUUUGGACGAGUUUACGCUGUCGAUAAAACGCAAUGAAAAGUGUGUCUGUGCUUGUGCAAAAGACUCCAAAAAUAUGAGCACAACGUCAAUGACGUUAUUGGCUUGCGCCGUUCGGGUUCAAUCAUAAGCCGCUAGUUCAGUGAAACAUACAUGUAUUGCUAUGAUUAUCCACAACACAUUCAAGAAGAUAUUCGUGAAUGAUUUGUAUGUAAGCUUUCUAUGUUCUAUGUGCACUAAUAUUUGAGUUAUUUGAACCCUCGUAGGUAUAAGAUUUUAGAUAUAAGCAGAUAAUUGAUAUACGCGUGGUGUAAUACAACUGAAACAGUAUUUUUUUUAAUUUAUUUUUCAGUCAUGUCAAUGAAA